UCCAUGGCAACGCAACCACCGCCAUUGCUAAUCACGUUUGUUUUCAGCUGCAGGCGGCAGAAUCUGCUGUUUUCUACAAUUACCAAUAAAACAGCGAAAUGUAGCUUAACUCCAGAUAUACCAACGUCUCUAUGAUCCACCGGAAUGUAUGAAAGAACAGGACCACCGUGCAGAACGAAUUCUCAGAUUUGACGUGAGGCGUGAGACAGCUGAAGGUGUCCUCUCAGAAACACACAAUGCAAGUGUUGCCUGUCUGGGGGCUCGCCAUCCCUCUCCCAGCAGUGCUGAUGAUCACUCUGAGUCUUUACAUGAUCGUGCUGGGGUUUGGGCUGUGGAUCCGAUCCUGCCUGAAGGACCGCUGUUCUUCAGAGUGUGGUGAUUGCUGUCCAGACUUUUCUGUGUGUGAUCAGUGCUUCAGACUGGCAGAAAUGUGUAACUGCACUCUGCCGACUGUGCACUCGUGUUGGACCAAAUCGUGCCCUUCUUCCUCUUGUGUCAAAUGGGACUGUGCCUGCACCUGUCAGCCCCCUGAGUGCGACUCCUGUAACUGUCUCUGCUUCGAGAUCAGGAUCAAGUAGAAGUCGUGGGGCUGCACUAAUGCCACUGCCAGCUGACCGACUCCAAGUUCUUCAGUCUUUUUCUACUGCACGGCUUUAUUGGAGAGUUUACAGUGGAGAGAUAACGGGACAAGAGGGACGACGGUGACGGCUGCUGUGGUGGUACCCUCCUUUCUGUUUUAUAUCAGUGUGAACCAGCACCUGAUGUUCAACACUUCAUUGUGAAUAUUGGACGAUAUCAUGUUUGAUGUGUUUUAUUUUUGUUGACUGCAGAGUUUUCUUUGUGUUGCAGUCCUGUGGUCAUCAGGAGAGAAUAAACUGCAGGUUUUCACUCUGACUGAACACCAAGUGAUCACGCUCACAUGCUUUUUUACCUUUGACGUUGCUGAAGUGCCUUUUCUUUUCUGUGUGUUGAGAAGGGUUCAGUAAGUUCAGGCCCUGGUGUUCGUUAAUGUUGUUGUCAUUGAUGAUGACAAGUCUGAUGUGCAGACCCAAACUAACAGACAGCUCGGUCAGCUCAGACAGCUGGUCACUGUAGUUUCUAACAAACGUUAUUGGAACAGGGGACAGUGUGUUUGAUCAGCUGAUUAGUCUACAUUUGGUCUAAUCUGUGUCGUCAUUUUCAUUCUUUUCAUGGAAUUUGUUGAUUUAAUCAAGAAUAUAGAAUAUUCCCAGACUUUGAUGUUGGAAAGUGUUGUAGAUGUAAAAAUGAGCAAACUGUUUUCGUACUGUUGUUUUCUACAUUCUGGUUUUUGAAACAAAAUUAAAUUCUGAAAUGUUUUAAAGCGGA